AUGACAAUAUCUAUGAUGAAGAGUUUCAUUGUUUUUUAUGCAAAUGACGAUAUACAUGAAUUUACCCCACAGGAAUCCAAGACAGGCACGAGGAGAAAGUUGUCUGUCCGCAAAAGCCGUUCUAGACGCGGCACCAAACAAACAGUUGCAAGAGAAAAUUUAGCAGGAAGCAAUGCUGCACCAUUGGUAGUCCCAGAUUCUGAUGAUGAUGACGACGUGUCGCUUGCUAGAAGGAUACGGUUAUUCCAACAGCAGCCUCCGCCACAUGAUUUGAAACAAGCAGAUCCCGUGUUCAAGGGCAAUCAUAGUAGUCAUCAAGAAGCAAACACUGACCUAAAAAAAGGAUCUCCACAAACACCGCCAGCAGCACUUGUACAGCUCAGUGACUAUGAUUUUGACCGCGAGUUCGACAUCUCGAUCGUUCAGUGUCCUGAAUUUGAGCAAGUACUCAAUAGUGUUGAACAGGGGUGCGAAACCAAUGCCAUCAUCAUGCAUCCCCUGCAAACGGUCUUGCCAAACAAAUCAAGCUACCAUACACCGAGUCCAGGGAGACCGAGCUUUUCACUCGGUUUAACUCAGUUUGAAAAGACUCCAACCCCUUCCCCGUUACAUUCAAUUCAUCCAACCCUGAAAAAAAUAAAGUUGGGGGAGACUAAGGAGGAACAAAUUAGAACAUGGAUAGUUAGCUCGUCCUUGGACAAAGAUCAAGAUUUAGCUAAGUAUGAAGGACGGGACUACAUGGUAUUACAAAGGAAGGACUUCUGGACCUUGAAACCCCGCAGUUGGGUCAAUAGCUGCGUAAUUCAAUGGAUGUGCUACUCUUUAAACGACACCGACUCAUCUAGAUUCAAGCGAGAUUUCUAUUGCGUGUGUCCAGGCAUAUUGGUAAUUACAUUCUUCUCAUUACAAUUUGGAGAAGAUUUUAUCGGGAUUCUUACUAUGUUUGUGGGUUUGCAAGAAUCCGUCACACGAAAUGAUAGCCUUGCUUCAUUUAUUGACGGUGAGAGACCAAUUUAUGAUGGUCUUAGUCCAAGCUUUAGUGAGGAUACUAGGUUCUUUGACAAGGCAGUAGCAGCAAAGAGAAACUGGGUUGUCAUAUAA